CUCUCAGAGAAGUCAGGGUAAAAAGAUAUGUGCACUCCAUGGACAGCAUCAAGGAUUGUAAGGUGGAGAAGGUCAUCAUCCACUGUUUUCUGCUGCAAGCAUCAUCAUAAGCAUUCGGAUGGUGGUGAUCAACCACUAAGUACAUUGCGAAGAUCAGUAUCUCAUUUAUUUUCUGAACCACGAAUUUACCAACUUAACAAACUACAAUUAGAACGGCAAGAAGAAGAAGAAGAAGAAGACUGCGACUACCACCAGGAACGUACUGAUGAAGAAGAAGAAUAUGGGAUUAACAGCAGCAGCAGUAGUAGUAGUAGCAGUAACAGUCAUGGAAUUAACGAAAAGUUUUCAACAGGUGACGAAAAAUUAUCAAGUAGUGACGACUGCUGCGACCGCGAAUCAAUACCACGUUACUCAGCUGUUACCAAUGAAAAGUUCUCGACAAGCAGCGAUGAUAUUGAUCCAUCCAUAGCACGUUAUUCAGCCGAAAAUGAGUUGGAUUCACCUUCUCCCAAUUCUCCUAACUUUGCUGAUGGUGAUUAUAUUGUUUUUUGCUUUAAAGAAGGCGGUGCAUUUGAUAUCGUCAAAGAUGAUGAAAAUUCCUCACCUGAAGCUGAUUCUAUGGAUGGCACCAUUGUUCGACUCAAAUCCGUCAACCGUAAGGUGAAACAGCUUAUUUAUAAUGGGGAGGACAACAAUGAUAAUAACAUCGUAGUUGACAAAGAAUGUCUACCCCAAGAGGAUCACACGUUGCAAAGAGAUGAAGAAGAGGAAGAGGAUGAGGAAGAAGAGGAGGAGGAAGAAGAAGAUAACGGAAAGGGUAACGGAAAUGGGAUCGACCUUCUAACGACUACUAAUAAUGAGUGGCAAUCCAAUACCUUGAAUGAAAAGGGUAAUGAAAAGGAAGACUACGACGACGAUGAUAAAGAGAGCGUAUAUUUUGAUCCAGAGUCUUCGGUGGACAUUAUCAAAUUAGGUCGUUCUUCUUCCACAAAUGGAGAUGAUAAUACCAUCGGUAAUGAGUCACAAUCAGAUAGCAGCACAAGUUCCUUUGCUUUCCCUCUAUUGAAUACGGAAUGGACUGGGAGCCCUAUAAAAAUGCCUAAAUUAGAUUCAAUGCCAAAACUACAGGCAAUGAGCCUCAGGAGACAUAGAAGAUUGGGAAUUCAUUGCUGUAAAUUUUAAGAGAAAAUAAUUGGUUUUUCGUUCUAUUCUUGAUUUUCCAUAUGGUCUUUAUCAAUGUAGGAGAUGGACAUAAAAAUUUCCCGUCCCAUUUUGUUUUGUACAUCCUGAAAGCAUUAGUUUGUGAUAAAAUAUCUGUUAGUUUUU